AGAGGGGAGAAAGCGGCCGCGGAGCGGUAGCAGCGGCAACGCCUGCGGCGGGAGGCGGGGGAGAGUUUGAAAUAUAGACUAUAUAAAGACUUAAAAGAUGUGGGAUCAAGGUGGACAACCUUGGCAGCAAUGGCCUUUGAACCAACAGCAGUGGAUGCAGUCAUUUCAGCACCAGCAAGAUCCAAGCCAGAUUGACUGGGCUGCAUUAGCUCAAGCAUGGAUUGCUCAGCGGGAAGCCUCAGGGCAACAGAGUGUAGUGGAACAACAAGGAAUGAUGCCAAACGGACAGGAUAUUUCAGGAAUAGAGUCUGGUCCAAACAACCAUAAUAAUUUUCAGGGGGAUCCCAACUUCAACAGAAUGUGGCAGCCAGAAUGGGGAAUGCCUCACCAACCCCCUCAUCCACCUCCAGAUCAGCAGUGGAUGGCUCCAACCCCAGGUCAAAUGGAAAUUGUUCCUCCAUCUGAAGACAGCAACAGUCAGGACAGUGGGGAAUUUGCUCCUGACAACAGGCAUAUAUUUAACCAGAACAAUCACAACUUUGGGGGACCUCCCGAUAACUUUGCAAUGGGGCCAGUGAACCAGUUUGACUAUCAGCAUGGGGCUGCUUUUGGUCCACCUCAAGGUGGAUUUCAUCCACCUUAUUGGCAGCCAGGACCACCAGGGCCGCCAGGUCCACCAGCACCUCCUGCACCUCCUCAAAAUCGAAGGGAAAGACCCUCAUUCAGAGACCGACAGCGUUCACCUAUUGCGAUGCCUGUGAAGCAGGAGCCUCCACAGAUUGAUGCUGUGAAGCGUAGAACUCUGCCUGCCUGGAUUCGUGAGGGCCUAGAAAAGAUGGAACGAGAAAAACAGAAAAAAUUGGAAAAAGAGAGGAUGGAGCAGCAACGUUCACAAAUGUCUAAAAAAGAAAAAAAGGAAAGUGAGGAGGCUGAAGAAGGGGAUGGCCCACGGUUACCUCAGAAAAGUAAAUUUGACAGUGAUGAGGAAGAUGAAGAUGCUGAAAACACAGAAGCUGUAAGUGUUGGGAAAAUCAGCAGGAGUCCAUCCCCGGUUCCUCAAGAGGAGCAAAGUGAACCAGAAAUGACAGAAGAAGAAAAGGAGUAUCAGAUGAUGAUGCUGACAAAAAUGCUACUGACAGAGAUUCUCUUAGAUGUCACAAAUGAAGAAAUUUAUUAUGUGGCCAAAGAUGUUCACCGUAAAGCAACUAAAGCUCCUGCAAAACAGCUGGCACAGUCCAGUGCACUGGCUUCUCUCACUGGACUCGGUGGACUGGGUGGUUAUGGAUCAGGAGACAGUGAAGAUGAGAGGAGUGACAGAGGCUCUGAAUCAUCUGAUACUGAUGAUGAGGAAUUACGACACAGAAUCAGGCAAAAACAGGAAGCGUUUUGGAGAAAAGAGAGAGAACAGCAACUACUACUAGAAAAACAGCUAGAAGAAGAAAAGCUACAAAAUGAAAAAGUUUCAAAAGAGAUGAAUGAAUUUAUCAAGAAAGAACAAAACAGUAACUCAGCAUCACAGGAGGCAAAAGAAAUUGAAGCAGACAUGGUUCAUGAAAAGAAAAGAUCUCCAAAUGCAAUCGCACCUGAUACAGAACUCAAAAAAGAGGGUAAAGAGAGGACAGGAAGGAGUGGAUCAAGAACCUCUAGCAGUGGUAGCACUAGCAGCAAUAGCAGAAGCAGUAGCAGUAGCAGCACUGUGUCUAGUUCCUCCUAUAGCACUAGCUCAGGUAGUAGUCACAGCUCUUCACGUUCUUCCUCUCCUAAAAGGAAGAAGAGACACAGUCGCAGUAGGACACCUUCACAUAAAGUUAGGCGCAGUAGAAGCAGGAGUUACUCCCACAGAAAUAGGAGAGAGAGGAGUCGGAGCAGGGAGAAAAUAAGAGAAAGGAGAAGAUCUAGUAGAAAUCGCAGUGGUGAAAGAGGAGAGAGGCGAAGAAAUCGGAGUCCUUCUCGAGAGAGAAGCUGGGAUAGACGUAGAAGUAGUAGCUGUUCAAGAGACAGGCGAGCUAACCGUGCAAGCCGCAGCAGAAGCAGGGACAGACGUAAAACUGAAGACCAGCGUAGAAGCCCUACUGGAAAUAGGCACAAACAUAAAAGUGAGGGUAAAGAUCAAGAAAGGAAGAAGGAGCAGGGCGGAGGUGUAGAUAAAGACAGAAAAAAGAACAGAGAAAGGGAGCGAGAUCAGGAAAAACGAAAAGAUAAGCCCAAAAAAGAGGAAAAAGAAAGCAAGGCUGGCAAUCAUGAUGACAGUAGACUAAAGAGAAAAAGAGACAGCGAAAGAACUUUCUCUCGCGGUGAUUCAAUAUGUGUGAAAAUAAUAAGACAGGAUUCCAGACAAGAAAGCAAAAAAAUUUCUACCAAAGAUAGCAAAAAACGGUCAGGCUCCGAAUCUAGUGUGAGGAGUAGUUCUGAAUCACCAGGAAGCAGCAAAGAAAAGAAGGCUAAGAAAUCGAAGCAUAUUCGGUCAUGCUCCAUGGAGAAAUCUCAAAGGUCUGGUAAGAAGGCAAGCCGCAAACACAAGUCUAAGUCACGAUCAAGAUCAACGACUCCUCUUCGUCGUAAACGCUGAGGAAUUUAUGGCACCAGUGCUAUGACGUUUAAAAAUUCCAUGAGUUAUAAAAGGCUUGUCUCAUUAUAGAGGCACAUUGUGGCUAUGUAGGUGAAACCAGAAUCCUUUUUUUUAUCUGUAAAUAGGUGUAUUUUUUCCAAAUGCUGCUCAGAAUUAAAUACCUAAUAGGAUUUCUUUGUAUUACAUUUUUUCAAGAACGGUAGUGCUUAUUAAGAAUAUAAAACAUGCCAUUCUCUUUCAGCUGUAAUGUUCUUAAAAUUACUAUUGAAUGUACUGUGAUGUCAAUAAAGCUCUUUAGUUCAUUUUUUGUUUAAAAUUCUUGCA